UUCCCUCCUAGACAAAGAAGAGGUUCAGAGGAAGAGGAUGAAGGCACUUCCUCAGCCCUACGAUCACUGGCGGGGAGGACCUCAAGGAGGAGCAGGGGCCUUUGGAGGUCCUGGAUCUGGAACAGGAGGAGGAGGAAUGGGAGGAGGAUUUCAAUUUAAUCAUACGAUGGAUGGUUCAGGGUUUUUCGGUGGUGGUGGAUUUGCUGGAGGGCCACAGAUGUCAGGCUCCACCCCACAGUCUGAUGGAUCUCAGAAUCAGCCAACUAACAGACAAACUCAGUCUGGUUCUCCAGUGCAACAGCAGCUCAUUCAGAUUGCCGCAGCUCUGCAGAAUCGCGCCACUUUGACAGCCAAGUGCACUGCUCGUGCUUUGUUACAGUACUGCAGUACAGGGGAUGUGCGCCCCCUGCUGGUUCUGCAGAGACAUCUGUGUGGAGUGCAAGAUGAGAACGGAGACACGCCUCUGCACUUGGCCAUUAUCCAUCAGCAACCUGCUGUGGUGCAACAGCUUAUUCAGGCCCUGAACAACACCCCACAACAGAAGUUCAUCAACAAACUCAACCACCUCAGUCAGGCUCCAUUGCAUCUGGCUGUGAUCACAAAGCAGCCCAAGUUAGUGGAGAUGCUGAUGAGAACGGGGGCAGACCCAAGCCUGCUGGACCGAGAGGGCAGGACAGCGCUUCACUUGGCCGCCCACACCGGCGAUGAGGCCGUACUACGAGUGGUCCUGGGCCUGCUGGGAGAGCGCUAUGUCCAUUUAAUAAACUCUGCUGACUUCUCAGGUCAAUAUCCAGUCCAUCUCGCUGUAAAGAAAGACGGAGAGCACUGUCUUCGAUUGUUAGUGGAGACAGGAGCAAAGAUUAACAUGCCAGAGCAGAAAAGUGGCUGUACAGCUCUACAUCUGGCAGUGAGGGAUAACCUGUUAAAACUGGCCUGUAAUCUUAUUACUGAGCUAAAGGCUGACGUGAAUAUGUGUACCUACGGGGGCAACAGUCCUCUUCACUUUGCUGCCAGUCAAGGCUCACCACCUCUCUGCUCCAUGCUGAUAGCUGCAGGUGCUGAUAAACGUAUGGAGAACGAUGAGCCUCUUUUCCUGAGUUUAUCUUCCUCUGAUGAAGAUGACGAGAGUGAGAAGAAUGAUGCCAAUAAGCAGCUUCCAGAUGACAUGGUUCAGCAAGUUCAAUUCAUGUCGAUAUCAUCCGAGAGGGGAGCAUUUAACCCACGCAAGAGACCUGCUGCGGGACACACACCAUUUGACCUGGCUAAAUGUCAAAAGGUUAGAGAUCUAUUAGAUGGAAGGAAAGGCCCCAAGUCCAGUUCACUCGCCCCCAAGAGGACCAAAAUAAGCACUGACGAAGUGAACCAGGGUUUAGACAGCGAGGUGCUCAUGAAACUGUGUGGUAUUCUUAUUGAAGACCAUGUGCCCUGGAGAGAGCUGGCGGAAAAACUGGGCAUGCUCACACUCACUCACCUGUUCCAGGAGAGCGCCUCGCCCUGCCAGAAGCUUCUCGAGAACUACCAGUUGAGUGGUGGUCCUGUGGACGGCCUGGUGGAGGCGCUGCAGUCUCUGGGUGUGAAUGAAGGAGUGAGACUUCUGACAGCCAGCCAACCCAGAGAGGACAAGCAGAGCUCAGAUUCUAAAGAGGACAGUGGCUUUGGGAGUCAGUCCAUUGGAGAACAGAUGGGAAAUCCUGCAGUGGGCAAUCACUGAUUAUCAGGAUCUAUUCAUUGAGGACAACUUGGCACUUUAUUUGACUUUUUUCAGGUGCAAACUGGUGGACUGUUCAUCAUCUCAAAGUGGAAAUACAGCACGUCACAGGAAGGAUUGAAAAGAAUCUUUUUGAGGUCAAAAGCCCUCACUGGUAUUACAUAACAGUAAGACAACAUGACAUAAAUCAGUUGAUCCUCUAACCUCUGAGGUUUGGAGUGAAGCUGUAGUCUUAGUGCAGUGCUUGUAUCUAAACAACAAAUCUCCAACUGAGACUUUACAGUAAUUUAACAGUAAUGGAAUUGCUAUUUCCCCAGCACAGCUGUAACCUUGGAAUAUGUUUCCGGAAUGUUCUAUGGAUGUUUUUAGUAUGCUCUCUUUUGAUAUAUAUGCAACCUUAGAAAAAUUAAGCGACAUGAUGUAAAUUGAAUCACAUCUUUGCAUUUUCUCGAUACAUCAUACUUUUUAUUUAUGUGUAUUUUUGGUUGCAGUUAUACGUUUGUUCAGAGGUGAGUGAAUAUGUUUGUUUUAAUAAAGUUAUUAUUUCAUAA